AUGUCUGACGCUACUUUCCACACAACCCGCGAGGACCUCCGCAAGGAUGAAUCCAGGGUCGCCAAAAACCACGGUGGCACUGUCCCUGCCGACUCUGAUGUUUCCAUUUUGAAGUCUGUCGUCGACAAGAACACCGACAAGCCCAAGCAGAUCGACGAGGCUCAGUCCAACUUGCCUCUACCCGAGCAGCCCCCAACCGCUAGUGAUUGGCAAUCAGCCGACCAGCGCACCGUGAACGUUGGCUCUGGUGGUCGCUCGGGUCCUAUCUCGUACGACCCUAACAGCGGCCUGGAGGGUUCCACUACUGCUCAGAGCAGUGCCCGUGUUGACGGCAGCGAAUUGCACAAGAACACUGCUCCUGGCAAGGCUGGUCGUCAGGCAGUUGAGGGUCUUGAUCACUUGCCUUCGGAUGCUACUUCUCGCUAA